CCGCAGCAGGCGCUGACCUUCAACGAUGUCUUCGACGAGGAUGAUGUCGAUGAGCCCAAGGAGGCGCAGACCAUCCACCACAUCCGUGCCAAUUCCAGCAUCAUGAAUUUUAAGAAGAUCCUUGUUGCCAACCGUGGUGAAAUCCCUAUCAGAAUUUUCAGAACAGCCCACGAGCUCUCAUUACACACAAUCGCUGUCUUCAGUUAUGAGGACCGACUCUCUAUGCAUCGCCAAAAGGCCGACGAAGCCUACGUCAUUGGCAAGCGAGGCCAGUACACCCCUGUCGCAGCUUAUCUCGCCGGCGACGAGAUCAUCAAGAUUGCCGUAGAGCACGGCGCUCAACUGGUUCACCCGGGUUACGGCUUCUUGUCCGAGAAUGCUGAGUUUGCCCGCAACGUCGAGAAGGCUGGCCUCAUUUUUGUCGGCCCCACCCCAGAUGUGAUCGAUGCUCUUGGCGACAAGGUCUCGGCUCGCAAGCUUGCCAUUGCCGCCGGCGUCCCGGUCGUCCCUGGAACCCAGGGAGCUGUAGAGAAAUACGAAGAGGUCAAGGCCUUCACUGAUGAGUAUGGCUUCCCUAUCAUCAUCAAGGCUGCUUAUGGUGGCGGUGGUCGUGGUAUGCGAGUUGUUCGCGACCCCGAGAGCCUGCAGGAAAGCUUUGAGCGAGCAACUUCCGAGGCCAAGUCUGCCUUUGGCAACGGCACCGUCUUCGUAGAGCGCUUCCUCGACAAGCCCAAGCAUAUCGAGGUCCAGCUGCUCGGUGACAACCAUGGCAACAUUGUGCACCUGUAUGAGCGUGACUGCUCUGUCCAGCGCCGACACCAAAAGGUCGUCGAGAUUGCUCCGGCCAAGGACCUCCCCCAGGAAACCCGAGACGCCAUCCUAAACGAUGCCGUCAAGCUGGCCAAGUCCGUCAACUACCGCAAUGCAGGCACUGCGGAGUUUUUGGUUGACCAGAAGAACCGCUACUACUUCAUCGAGAUCAACCCUCGUAUUCAGGUCGAGCACACCAUUACCGAAGAGAUCACUGGCAUCGACAUUGUCGCCGCCCAGAUCCAGAUCGCCGCUGGCGCUACUCUGGCUCAGCUUGGUCUUACUCAGGACCGAAUUUCCACUCGUGGCUUUGCCAUUCAGUGCCGUAUCACUACUGAAGACCCUGCUGAGGGCUUCCGACCAGAUACCGGAAAGAUCGAGGUCUACCGAUCCGCCGGUGGUAACGGUAUUCGUCUUGAUGGUGGUAACGGCUUUGCUGGAGCUGUCAUCACUCCUCACUACGAUUCCAUGUUGGUCAAGUGUACUGCCCAGGGCAGCACCUACGAAAUUGCCAGAAGAAAGGUGCUGCGAGCUCUUAUCGAGUUCCGUAUCCGAGGUGUCAAGACCAACAUUCCCUUCUUGGCUUCUCUUCUGACUCACCCAACCUUUAUUGAUGGAAAUUGCUGGACAACCUUCAUCGACGAUACCCCGCAGCUGUUUGACCUCGUAGGUGGCCAGAACCGUGCCCAGAAACUGCUGGCGUACCUCGGAGAUGUCGCUGUCAACGGUAGCUCUAUCAAGGGCCAGAUUGGCGAGCCCAAGUUCAAGGGCGAAAUCAUCCCCCCCGAGCUUUUCACUUCCUCUGGUGAAAAGGUCGACGUCAGCCAGCCUUGCCAGAAGGGUUGGCGAAACAUCAUCAUUGAACAGGGCCCCAAGGCCUUUGCCAAGGCUGUUCGCGACUACAAGGGAUGUCUUCUCAUGGACACCACAUGGCGAGAUGCUCACCAGUCUCUGCUGGCUACCCGAGUUCGAACCAUUGAUCUCCUCAACAUUGCCAAGGAGACCAGCCAUGCGCUUUCCAACUUGUACAGUCUGGAGUGCUGGGGUGGUGCUACUUUUGAUGUGGCAUACCGGUUCCUUUACGAGGAUCCUUGGGAUCGCCUUCGAAAGAUGCGACAGAUGAUUCCCAACAUCCCCUUCCAGAUGCUGCUUCGUGGCGCAAACGGUGUGGCGUACUCUUCGCUGCCCGACAAUGCCAUUGAUCACUUCGUUGAGCAGGCUAAGAAGAACGGAGUCGACAUUUUCCGUGUCUUUGAUGCCUUGAACGACAUCAACCAGCUGGAGGUUGGCAUCAAGGCUGUCCACAAGGCUGGCGGUGUUGUGGAGGGAACUGUGUGCUACAGUGGCGACAUGCUGAACCCCAAGAAGAAGUACAACCUGCCCUACUACUUGGACUUGGUUGACAAGCUGGUUGCCCUGGACAUUCACGUUCUGGGUAUCAAGGAUAUGGCUGGUGUGUUGAAGCCACACGCAGCUACACUCCUGAUUGGUGCUAUUCGCAAGAAGUACCCUGAUCUGCCCAUUCACGUUCACACUCACGAUUCCGCUGGUACGGGUGUCGCCUCCAUGGUGGCUUGUGCCCAGGCCGGCGCCGAUGCGGUCGAUGCCGCCACAGACAGCUUGUCUGGAAUGACUUCUCAGCCUAGCAUCAACGCUGUGCUGGCUUCUUUGGAAGGCAGCGAGUUUGACCCCGGCUUGGAUCACAAGCAAGUCCGAGCUCUGGACACCUACUGGUCCCAGCUGCGUCUGCUCUACUCUCCUUUCGAAGCCCACCUUGCUGGACCCGAUCCCGAGGUGUACGAGCACGAAAUUCCUGGUGGUCAGCUGACCAACAUGAUGUUCCAAGCUUCUCAGCUCGGCCUUGGAUCCCAGUGGCUUGAGACCAAGAAGGCUUACGAGCAUGCCAAUGAGCUGCUUGGCGAUGUUGUCAAGGUUACGCCCACUUCCAAGGUCGUCGGCGAUCUCGCCCAGUUCAUGGUUUCCAACAAGCUGGGCCUGGAAGACGUCAAGGCCCGCGCUUCCGAGCUCGACUUCCCCGGCUCCGUGCUGGAGUUCUUGGAGGGUAUGAUGGGCCAACCCUACGGCGGCUUCCCCGAGCCUCUCCGCACAGAUGCCCUUCGUGGACGACGGAAGCUCGACAAGCGUCCUGGUCUCUUCCUCGACCCUGUGGACUUCACCAAGGUCAAGCGCGAGCUGGGCAAGAAGUUUGGCGCGCCUGUUACGGAGUGCGACAUUGCCUCUCAUGUCAUGUACCCCAAGGUGUUUGAGGAUUACAAGAAGUUUACCGCCGAGUACGGCGACCUUUCAGUCCUGCCCACCAGAUACUUCCUUUCUCGACCAGAAAUCGGUGAGGAGUUUAACGUACAACUGGAGAAGGGCAAGAUCCUUAUCCUUAAGCUUCUUGCUAUCGGUCCUCUGAGCGAACAGACCGGUCUUCGUGAAGUCUUCUUCGAAAUGAACGGUGAAGUCCGACAGGUUACCGUCGCUGACAAGAAGGCUGCCGUUGAGAACAUUAGCCGCCCCAAGGCUGAUGCUAGCGAUUCCAGCCAGGUUGGCGCUCCCAUGUCUGGUGUCUUGGUUGAGCUGCGUGUCCACGAAGGCUCCGAAGUCAAGAAGGGUGACCCUCUUGCUGUUCUGUCUGCCAUGAAGAUGGAAAUGGUUAUCUCAGCUCCCCAUAGCGGAAAGGUGGCCAGUCUCCAGGUCAAGGAGGGCGACUCUGUUGAUGGCUCUGAUCUGGUGUGCAGAAUUACCAAGGCUUAGAUCAUUUGUCAAGAGUCGAUGAGAAGGAAAAGAAUGAUUGUUUGAACUUUAAGAGUGUUUACUAGCGGGCUGUUUGGACCGGGCAAACAGAUGACAUAAAACAUACAAAACGGUGUUUCUCCUUGUACAAUGGCACAGCAGGCGUGUGCAGAGUAGGGAACCGAUUAUAGGAUUAUUCAGUAGGAUUAUACAAAGUAUCAAUUAUACAAAGUACCAAACGCAGAUACGGUUCAUUAUG